UAGAUACAUGGCCACCCCGGUGUCAACCCCAACCCGCUGCUAUAUUUGGCAGCUACAGUUGGGAUUCGUUGUGUCUCGUUUUUAAGCGUGACUUCAUUGUGUAGGGGACUCAUAACUUGUAGGUACACGUAUGGCUGGAAUGGCACUUGGAGUUUAAAUAAGAGGUAGUCAGCUGAGUGUUGGGCGAGCACAUGGAGCAUGUCCGAAGAGCCACUGCUGACAACUGUCUGAAUCCCACACAGUGGAUUAUGACAGCCUACUGGACAAGAGGAGCUGAAGCAGUACGGUGACAGGACAAUCACUUUGUGUUGACAGAGGCCUUGUUUCUACUCUACACCAGGUCUUUCCAACAAUCUUUACGUUCUGGAUCAGCAAGACGUGGAUCAUCUCAAAAGAUGUUCUUUGUGGCAGGGGCAAAAAACUCAGGAAGAGGGGGAGGCGGAGGAGGAGGGAAUGAAAGAAGGUCAAUUUAUCAAAAGUUUCGGGAGGUGGAUUUAUUGGACAAGAAGAACACAGUGACAGCUCUGAAGCCUGGAGAGGACCGGGCAAUUCUCCUGGGUUUAGGAAUGAUCUUGUCUUCAGUCAUGAUGUAUUUUGUUUUGGGGAUCACUAUGUUACGCUCUUAUGCCGACAGUGUGUGGACUGAAGAGGGUAUGUGCCUGGUGCUUAACUCUACAGUGACGGCAGACAUGAACUGCUCCUACAGCUGCGGAUCUGACUGCUGGAGAGUGUCCAAGUAUCCCUGUCUGCAGGUGUACGUCAGCAUCAACAGCACAGGGCGCAUCAGCCGCCUAUCCCACAACGAGGAAGCCGAGGAUGCCAGCUCUGAGUGCUUCUAUGUACCGCGGUGCCAGAGGGACAGUUUGGCCAUGCACUCCAUGAUUAUGAACAUUUCGGAGCGUCUCAAGGUCAACCAGCAGGUCCCUUGUUACUACGACCCGCAGGAGCAGCAGGAGGCCGUGCUGCUAACACGCCUGUACGACCACACCGCGGUCCUCCACACACUUCUGUGGCCCUCGUGCAUGCUUACUGGAGGAGCUCUGAUCAUCAUGAUGGUCAAACUCACACAGUACCUUUCCAGACUCUGUGAAGAGAUUGGGAAGAUCAAGAGGUGAACUACAUAAAGGAUUAUAAACACUUUGGUGACACAUUCUUUUGAAAUAGGUGGCCUUGCCAUGACCUCUUGUAAACUUUCCACUUCAAAUGAGACAUGUGGAACAGCUGACUCUCACAGCACAGUGAGGAUGUUUACACAAUGGACUGAAUGUUCUAAGUUGAAAAUGUACUUACAUUCAAGACACCGCAGAAGGCUAUCCUGUGUGCCUUUGUUUACAAGAAUAUCAUCAACAUGUGGCCCUGGGCUGUUGUAUCAAUAACAACUUGAAUGUCUGUUCUGCACUGAAGA